GCAGCAUUUAAUGCGUUGUUAAUUUUAUUUUGAGUUGCUACUGGAUAGACACGGAGGAGCCAAACUUCAGGAUAGGCAUAGAGGCAUCAAAUCCUCACUACAUGAUGGAGUCGCGCCAAGUACAAUUUCAAAACUUGGAUAUGAUGAGCUCCCUUCCACCAAAUGUCAUUGAUGUAAUCCUCACAUGCUUGCCUUUGAGAGAUGCAGUGAGGACGAGCAUCUUAUCGCGUGAUUGGAGGUACAAGUGGGUCACGAUUCCACAUCUGACAUUUGACGAGCGAAGUUUUCCAACUUUGGCCGAUUAUUCAGAGCUCAAUGAGCUUAAGCUCAUCAAUGCUGUUGAUCAAGUUCUCUUACUACAUAAAGGCCCAGUUCAUGAGUUCAAGUGCCAGAUUUACCUAGAAAGUUGCCCCGCCAUCGAUCGAUGGCUACUUCACCUCUCGGAUAAUGCUGUGAAGAGCUUCACACUUGAUAAUUUGCGGCUGGAACGAUAUAAGUUGCCUUCUUGUUUAUUCCGCUAUGAAAACCUUAUUCAUCUUCAGGUAUCCUGGUGCAUCUUCAAACCGCCUAGAAAGUUCGACGGUCUGCGUAAUCUCAGGACCCUUCAUCUUCAAGACAUUUCCAUUGACAGCUCAUUCGAAGACUUCAUUUCCAAAUUCCCUCUUCUUGAGGCAUUGACACUGAGGAAUUUCGACGGUCUUACUUGUCUUAAUAUUCAAGGCCCCCAGCUCCUGUACUUGGAUAUUGUUGGUAAAUUAAAAUAUCUCCAUUUCAAAAAUAUCCCGCUUGUAGCAACUGCACUCAUUAAUAUGAUGUCAGUAAAUGAUUACGAGAAAGGCAAGGAUUCCAAUCUGAUCAAUGUUGUCGGUUGUCUACAUGGUGUUAAGCGGCUCGCUCUUGAAGGUUUUCUUCUGCAGUUUUUAGCUGCAGGUAAUGUACCAGAAAGGCUUCCAACUAUGUAUAAUCAUCUAAAGAAUCUGACGUUGAAGAUAAAUUUUGAAAAUCUGGAUCAAUUAUCUGUGGUUCUUUGCUUAUGUAGAAGCUCUCCAAACUUGUAUGAAAUCAACGCCAAGGUCCACUCAAUCGAUGCUGCUAGUUUGCCCCAUGAGAGCUUUUGGGAAGUGCAAGAAGGUUUUGAUGGCUUGUUUGCAAGCCUCCAGAUUGUGACCGUAAAUGGAAUUAUCGGCAGCAAAAACGAACUGGGUUUCAUAGAGUUUGUACUCGAAAAUGCGCCUAUGCUCGAGGAGAUGAAUUUUAAGAUUAGCGCAACAGUAACUGAAGCGCAAUCAAGGAUUUUCAGAGAUUUGAUGGGAUUUCGAAGAGCUUCACCACAAGCCAGGAUCAUCUGCUUGGGGAAGUAGGUUUGAAAAAGGAUUUUAUAUUGUCUAGGGUUAUGCUAGGAGGGUCUCUUACUGCCUUCUUCUUCUUCUUUUUUAUUUUAUUU